AGAGAUAACAAUACUUAUCUUGGCUUAUAAUUUUUGGAAAACAAAUCUCCCAAACAGUCACAGGUUCCGGUCGGUCUGGGGUGUUUUCAACUAAAUAAUUGGCAAUUUGGCAAAAAGAGCAUAUUAGUUAAUAAAAACCGACCAUCACAGUCAUACAUUAUUAGUUGCGACGAAUAUCAGCACGAAAAAUUAUAAUUUGAGGCGCUAAAAUGUUAAAAACGAAGUUACUGAAGUUUGCCAACACUUCGCAAAAGAUUUUGAUGUCAACGGGCAGUGAAAAUGUGAUCAGCCAGAAAAAACUUGAUCAUUACAAGAACUUAAACGCUUUGGAAAAUAGCGAUGUCAUGCCUGAAGGGUGGGACAAAGCUAAACCUUUCGAAAGUCUCCCUGGGCCUAAACCCAUACCAUUUUUUGGGAACAUAUGGCGAUUUUUGGUUCCGAAAAUUGGAGAUUUUUACGGAAUCGAUUUUUUGGACUUGCACAAAAUUUUUUACGAACAGUAUGGAGAUAUUUCGAUUCUUAAAGGCAUGAUUAACGACCCGAUUGUGGUGAUAUUUAACCCAAAAGACUACGAAACGUUGUUCAGAAAUGAAGGCAUUUGGCCGAUCAGAAAAGGCCUUCAGUCUUUUAACGAGUAUCGCAAAUCGAGGAAAGACAUCUUCGUGAACGCAGGAUUACUUCUCGAAGAAGGAGAAAACUGGUUCAAGAUAAGAUCAGUAGUUAAUCCGAUUUUGAUGCAGCCGAGAAAUAUCUCCCAGUACACGGACAAAAUGAAUUCAGUCGCUGACGAACUUGUUAACAAUAUUACAAAUUUGUUGGAAGAGAGCGAAAACGGGGAAAUGCCGGAAAAUUUCCACAAUGAACUGUACAAAUGGUCUCUGGAGUCGGUCGGGCUUGUAACCUUAGACACACACUUAGGGUGUUUGAAGAAUGACUUGGACGAAGACUCAGAACCGCAAAAACUGAUACGGAGCACUUUGGAAAUGUUCAAAUUGAUGCACAAACUCGAUGUCUUGCCUUCAUUUCACAAUUACGUCAGUACGCCGUCUUGGAGGAAAUUCGUCCAAGUGAUGGACUUUAUAGUCGAGACAAAUAUGAAAUAUGUAAACCAAGUUUUAGACAAAUUAGAAAAAGGCGAAACUACAAGUACCGAGAUACCGAGUGUUUUGGAAAAGUUGCUAAAAGUUGACCGCAACAUCGCCGUGACCAUGUCCAUAGACAUGAUGAUCGCAGGAAUAGACACGACCGGUCGAAUUUUAGGAGCGGCUUUGUAUUUCUUGGGCAAAAACCACGAAGCUCAGGAAAAACUACGGUCCGAAGCCAUUUCGCUGCUUCAAACUAAAGAUCAGGCGGUAACGAGCGAGGUUUUAAAAAAGGCUCCUUACCUCAAAGCUGUGAUUAAAGAAACGACGCGUUUGGCGCCUAUCGGAAUUGGAAAUUUGCGAACGACUGUUAAAAAUUUAGUUUUGGGGGGAUAUCAGAUUCCAAAGGGGACCGAUGUGGUUACAAGUAAUUUAGUUUUGUGCACAAACGACGAGUAUUUUUCGAGGGCUAAGGAGUUUAUCCCCGAGCGAUGGCUUUCCACGACUUCGGGAGAGUUGUCGAAGAAAAACACAAAUCCGUUUAUUUUUGCUCCGUUUGGUUACGGGCCAAGGAGUUGUGUGGGGAAAAGACUGGCUAGUUUGGAGCUAGAAGUGGCGCUUCUCAAAAUUAUAAGAAACUUUGAGUUGGAUUGGCCACAUGAAGAUAUGGUUUUUAAAACCAAAAUGUUGUACGGGAUGACGGAGCCUUUGAAAAUUCAUGUCAGGUCUGUCUAAUGAAAAACACCAAACAAACAAAUAAUUCUUUGGUGACACUUUAUUAACGCAUUUAAGAAUUACAAAUACAAAAUUAACUAAUAAAUGUGGUUUGAAUUAA